GCGACAGUCGGGGAAUUAUAAGAGGGGGAGAUUUGACAGUAGUAUGGAUUGUCCUUGGAGCGCAAUAAGUCGCUAAACAAUGAACAAGAUUCCGGGAGUUCCACUAGCCACGACAAUUGGUUGUGAAAGGUCGGGUGGAUCGAGAUUGAUGGCUGGGACCACAAGAGCAGGUGGCAGGUGCGGUGCACAGCCCCAAUUCGAGUAUCUCACGGUGGUGUCUGCUGCUUGGGUACCGAUCGACGACCUUGAGGGAGAAGAUCAGGUUGUCAAUUUUAAAGACUUGAAGAAACCUUGUAGCGACAAGUGGGGUAGAAGGGGGUGGGAUAGCAGCACAGCUUUUAAUAUCGAGGUUAUGCUCGAUUGAGAUGACGUUGGGUCACAUCGUAUGGAGAUGUUGAUGAAAUCAUGGCUGGCUGGCGAGGAGACACGACAGUCAACGAGGGACACUGACACUGACACUGACGCUAGCCGCUCAGCGAUACGAAUUCCUAAACGAUUUGUCUGGACCGAAUCGUGUG